GAGGACCUCAUUCAGAUAAAUAUCCUACAGAGUCGAGCACCUCUUCACUCUCCAAAAAGGCAAAACCACAACUGGUGGCCAAAGCACCAUGGCUCCAUCACUUCUCGUGACAGCAGGAGGACUACUCCUGCUUUUUUCCUUUUCAUCAGCUCAAAUCAGAGGAGAUGGCCUUGCAGCAUGUAACAUGAGAGAUGGCUUUGGACAAUACUGCCCCACUACAUGUGGAGUUGCAGAAUAUAUGUGGAAGUAUCUACCAGGAGUGACUGAAGAUUUGGAUGAAAUGACAGCAGAAUUGGAAACGAUAGCCAAUUUGACUCAAGGGACAGAAGAAACAAUUGUGUUCAUGAAAGAUUCGGCUACCGCAGCCCAAAAGACAUCCCCGCCACACACAUACAUAAGCAAGUCUUCAAGUAUGUUGGAUGAUGUUCUUCGAUUUGAAAAGACCAUCAUUACACAGGAACAGCAAAUAUUUGAACUCCAGAAUUUAAUCUCCGACAACGAGAGAAGAAUGGCCGAUUUGAAACAAAUUGCCAUUCAGCUCCAACAGAAAUGCAGUGAGCCUUGUAAAGACACAGUGGAGAUCCAACCCAUUACAGGAGCAGAUUGUCAGGAUGUUGCUAACAAAGGUGCCACCACCAGUGGUCUUUAUUACGUGAAGCCAGCGAAGGCAACGGAGCAGUUCUUGGUCUAUUGCGAGAUUGACGACUCAGGACGUGGUUUCACUGUCAUACAAAGGAGACGCGAUGGCAGCCUGGACUUCCACAAAGACUGGGUGCAGUACAGGGAGGGCUUUGGUCAUCUCUCCCCAGACGACACCACAGAAUUCUGGCUUGGCAAUGAGAAGCUCCAUCUGCUGACGACUAGCUCAAACAUCCCCACCGUGAUGAGGAUAGAACUUGUUGACUGGGAGGGCAACAAAAAGUAUGCUGACUACACCAUGUUCAGAGUCGGGCCAGAGGUUGACAGUUACCGCAUGACCUACGGUUACUACUUUGGUGGGGAUGCAGGUGACGCUUUCGACGGUUUCGACUUUGGAGACGACCCCAGUGACAAGUUCUACACAGCACACAACGGCAUGCAGUUCAGUACUCAUGACAGGGACAACGACAGGUACGACGGCAACUGCGCUAAGCAGGACGGCUCCGGCUGGUGGAUGAACAGAUGUCACGCUGCGCAUUUGAAUGGAAAAUACUACCAGGGUGGCAGGUAUACAGAAAAGGAUGCGGGUGAAUAUGGCUUCGACAACGGCAUCAUUUGGGUGACAUGGCACAACCGCUGGUACUCUCUGAAAGAGACCACCAUGAAGAUUAUCCCCCUCAGUCGCAUCCUUGGAGGCGGCGGACAGCAAACUGGUGUGAAACAGUUUGGCGGACUUGGAGACGCAUAAAGAGGAGGAAAGAUCGCGCUCUGCACUUGUUAACACCUUCCAAACCAGCAAUCAAACAGCAUCCAAUCAGCACAAGUGAUGUUUGCUUCUGUUGGUGAUCUGACCCAAAAGAAUACUAAUGUUGACCUUUUCCUUUAUCUCCACUGUUGUUUUUAAGCACAAUAAAUGUAUUUCCCUUGAUAACUAUGGGGUGGUGUCUUUGAGCCUUCUUGCUGCUAGCCUUGUGAGCAAAAUUGAAUUGUUUAUCUGAAUGAAUUCAACCAAAAUAUACAGACAAAUGUAUGCAAAUGCAAUUAAACAUUUCUGAAAUAAAUGCCAUAUUAAAUGUC